UCUCUCUCUUCAUUCCUCAUUUUUCCCUCAAACAAUCAAUCAAUUUUCAUUCAGAUUCGUAAAUUUCUCGAUUAGAUCACGGGGUUAGGUCUCCCACUUUAUCUUUUCCCAAGCCUUUCUCUUUCCCCCUUUCCCUGUCUGCCCCAUAAAAUUCAGGAUCGGAAACGAACUGGGUUCUUGAAUUUCACUCUAGAUUUUGACAAAUUCGAAGUGUGCAUGCACUGAUGCGACCCACUCCCCCUUUUUUGCAUUAAACAAUUAUGAAUUGAGGUAUUGGUGUGAUUGUUUGUACCAUCCGGUGGUGGAGCUUGUUGGAAAUUGGAGAUGAGUCAGAGGGGUUUAAUAUAUAGCUUUGUUGCCAAAGGAACUGUUGUUUUAGCAGAGCACACGCAAUAUACCGGGAAUUUCAGUACCAUUGCCGUUCAGUGCCUGCAGAAGCUGCCAUCAAAUAGCAGCAAAUACACGUAUUCCUGUGAUGGUCACACCUUCAAUUUCCUCCUAGACAAUGGAUUUGUUUUCCUUGUUGUUGCUGAUGAAUCGAUUGGCAGGAGUGUUCCUUUUGUAUUUCUUGAACGGGUGAAGGAUGACUUUAUGAAGCGCUAUGGUGCUAGCAUUAAGAAUGACGGUGCCCAUCCACUUGCCGAUGAUGAGGACGAUGACGAUUUGUUUGAGGACAGAUUUAGCAUUGCAUAUAAUCUUGACAGAGAAUUUGGACCAGCACUCAAGGAGCAUAUGCAGUAUUGCAUGAACCAUCCAGAAGAAAUGAGUAAACUAUCAAAAUUGAAGGCUCAAAUAACUGAGGUCAAGGGGAUAAUGAUGGACAAUAUUGAGAAGGUUUUGGAUCGUGGAGAGAAGAUUGAACUGCUGGUGGACAAAACAGAAAACUUACAGUUCCAGGCUGACAGCUUCCAGAGGCAGGGCAGGCAGCUGAGAAGGAAGAUGUGGCUGCAGAAUCUCCAAAUGAAGCUGAUGGUGGGAGGAGGAAUCCUUAUCUUAAUUAUAAUUCUGUGGGUUAUUGCUUGUGGGGGUUUCAAAUGUUGAUGGAGACACUGGAAGUUUAAGUCUGUAUAAGGCAAGAGAUGCACAAAAUGAUAUACUACGUGUACAUGAAAUUUGGCACUGGAAUUUAUGGUCACUGUCAUAGACUGUAAUUAAGCUUGUGGUGAGCUGCUAGUUAUUUUGAAUCAAGCUCUUACUUUAGAUGGCAUAUCUGGAUUGGUUGUGUGUAUCAAGACAAUGUUUUUACCAUUAGAUAGACUAUUGACACUUGCCCUC